AUGUCAUUCAAACCAUUCGCAGAGGGCCCAGCCCGCCCAAAACAAGUGGUAUCCCUUGGAUUCUACCGCACAGGCUCCCACUCCCUCAAAGAAGCUCUGACAAUCCUGGGCUACCUUGACGUCUUCCACUCCUCCGCUAUUGCCAACGACCCCGCAAAAUGGGUAGGAUUAAAUCGAGCAGCAGAUGACAAUAUCCCCUGCCUCCCAACAUACACAGGACGAACCUGGUCACGGGACGACUGGAACCAAUACUUCGGUCCCAGCGAAGCCCUCACAGACGUAACACCCUUCGCCGAACCACUACUAAAAGCAUUCCCCGAAGCACGGGUAAUACUCGUCCAUCGUGACUUUGAAUCAUGGAUGAAAAGUUUCCAGGAAACGCUGAUCUUGCCCGCUUCAGAAGGGUUUCUGGCGUGGUUGAGCGGGAAUGUGAUGGAGCCUUUUCUGGGGUUACAGAUUACUCGGACGGCAUGGAAGAUGUAUAUGGGGUUGCUGGGGGUUUGUCGGAUGGAUAAGACCCGGGAUCGGGCGAUUAUGUGGGCGGCUUAUCAGCGGCAUUAUGAUUAUGUGCGUUGUAAGGUUCCUGCAGAAUGUUUGUUGGAAAUCAAGUUGGAGGAAAUGGAUUGGGAGCCUCUUUGUGCUUUCUUGGGGAAAGAUGUGCCGGACCAGCCAUUUCCACGCUUGAAUGAGUCGAGGAUUUUUAGUGGGAAGUUGCGUCAGUUGCAUGUUAUGACAUUGAAGGCUGGGCUUUUGAAGACUUUGGGUCCUGCUUUUGGUCUGGGUGUUAUCGUGGCCUGCAUGUGGUGGAAAUGGCCGUGA